CACACAGAGAGAGAGAGAGAGAGAGAGAGAGAGAGAGAGAGAGAGAGAGGCUUUUUCUUUGUAAAUCCAACCUCUGUCCUUCACUCGUUUUCUGAUUUUCAUCCGGAAUACAAGCUGGAAUUAAACGGACUUUCCUGGAAAUCCAUUAUUAUUAUUAUUGGUGUUUGGAUUUAUAAAGCAAAUGGACUACAUAUCAAGACAACAACUUUUCCAGUAUUUAAAGGAUUACCUUUUUAACAUCAAGGUGCACUGGUGUUGGAUCCAAACUGAGUAAAUACACCUCAUUAAAACCUACUGCUCCAUACAUGUUUUGGCCGUUUAAGACACACCGUCCAUGAUAUGACUGGACCUAGAGGUGACCAUCGCACCUACCAUGAUGGAACCUGGUCUGUCACCUUCCACAGACCCUCUUCACCUCAACACCAGCAACUACGUCAACAAUAACAGCAACAACAGCUGGAGUGGCCUCCUCGACGCCGACUCACUGAGGAGCAAUCACACGCUGACCCUCCAUGGCCGCUUCCACAACGCCCUGCUGGGGGUUUGCCUGGGAUUUCUCUCUCUCCUCACCAUCUUGAUGAACUUGCUCGUCCUCUACGCCGUGAAGAGAGAGAAGAGCCUCCACACCGUCGGGAACCUCUACAUCGUCAGCCUGUCUGUGGCGGAUCUGAUCGUGGGGACCACGGUCAUGCCUCUGAACCUGGUGUAUUUGUUGGAGGACGAAUGGAAGCUGGGACGGGCUGUCUGCCAGUUUUGGCUUAUUAUGGACUACGUGGCGAGCACAGCCUCCAUUUUCAGCUUGUUUAUCCUGUGUUUGGAUCGGUACCGCUCCGUCAGACAGCCGCUCAAGUACCUGAAAUAUCGAACACGGGGAAAAGCCAGCGUGAUGAUUUCUGGAGCCUGGCUGCUGUCAAUGAUGUGGAUUAUUCCAAUUUUAGGAUGGAGGUCUUUCACUCAUGUGGACCUUAAACCCGAGGAGGAGAACAAGUGUGACACGGAUUUCCGCUUUGUCACGUGGUUCAAGGUCAUUACUGCUGUCUUCAACUUCUACGUACCCUCAAUUUUGAUGCUGUGGUUUUACACGCACAUCUACUUGGCAGUGAGGCAACAUCUAAGGGAGAGGGAGAGGAUCAUUCAUCCGACCGACUCAUUUGUGGAAAAUGAGAACGGACAAAAUAACCAAACGCCGGUGAAAAAUUACUCCAAAUCACCCAAGAGGGAAUGUGGCGUUCCAAUGAAACUCACGAAAAAACAACGCUUGUUGGACCAGAACACUCUAGAUCAGCGAUAUUCCCUCGAGGAUCCCUAUAAAUCUAAAACCGCUUCAUCCAGAUCUCACAGGAAAAUUGGUGUAAAGUGCCAGCAGACGUCAUUGCUCGCCAUGACAACAAAACGACUCAGAAUGGCAAAAAAGGUCAAAAGGUGCUCGUUGUCUCCUGAGGAGAAGCAGCCAGACAUUGAGAUUCCCCUGAGUCGACCGUCGGUGCCGCAGGACGUAAUAUGCUCUGAGGGGAACAAUGAAAACAAACUUCAAGCGUCUUUAAAUGAAUGUCAAGUCACGGUGCCAAAGUCAGUGAGCGGCGUCUGUGAUAUCGGUCAGGUUUCAGACGUGCAGAGAUACACCUCUGUUCUCUACAGCGACUACGACCCCAGUCACGCUCUGCCCUGGACUGAGGAAGGGGUCGAAGACGGCAAAUUGGACCCGACUAACGCGAUGACUCUGAGACAGACGUGGCAGAGGUUUAUCGACCAAUCACGUCAGCGUAUCCAAAGCCUGCGGAUCCAUAAAGAGCACAAGGCAGCCAAGCAGUUGGGCUUCAUAAUCGCUGCUUUCUUGUUGUGUUGGAUACCGUACUUCAUAACUUUCAUGGUCAUGGCGUUCUGCAGAGAGUGCGUGCACCAUGACCUUCACAUGUUCACCAUAUGGUUAGGCUACAUCAACUCCACCCUCAACCCUUUUAUAUACCCACUCUGCAAUGGGAACUUCAAACGAGUCUUCAAAAAUAUCCUCAACAUUCGUUUGUGAGGGACAGAGCGAAGACGCAGAACAAAAUCAUAAAUGCUGCUGAUACUCACAGAUAAGGAGGGGACAUCUGUUGCAUCAAUUCAAUGUCUUAAAGGGAUAGUUCGGGUGUUUUGAAGUAGGGUUGUACAGUAUGAGGUACUUAUCCAUAGUAGGUGUAUUACUUAUAGUAGGUGACGGUCGGCACGCCCCCAGCACUGAGAAACAGACACGGGUACUGACACCGGAGCAAAGCAAUGUGCUGCUGUGGACGGGGACUAAAAGAAAGAUUUCUAAAAAAAAUCUGUAUCAGUUUAAGUGUACGUUAUAUUUAGAAUAUUUUCACCACUUUAUCUUGCCGUCAGACAGCC